AUGGCCAUAAGGAGCCUGCUGCAAUAUAUGGGCUUUAGCUCGCUGCUCUAUUUGGCAGCAGGGCUGGUAGCUCUCGUCUACUUUCUUACCAGCAGGAAGAAAUCAGUUUGCAAUUUGCCUCCUGGGCCACGACCUCUUCCUCUGAUCGGGAACUUGAACGUGGUGGACUUGAAAAAGCCAUUCCAGUCGCUGACAGAGCUCUCCAAGAUAUAUGGCAACAUCUUCACUGUGCAUUUUGGACCCAGGAAAGCUGUGGUACUGGCGGGAUAUGAAACUGUCAAGGAUGCCCUUUUAAAUCAUUCUGAAGAAUUUGGAGAAAGAGCAGAAAUACCUAUAUUUAUGAAAAUAGCACAAGGAAAUGGCCUAGGAUUCAGCCAUGGAGAGAUAUGGAAAACUAUGAGAAGAUUCACCUUGACCACACUGCGAGAUUUUGGAAUGGGAAAAAGAACAAUUGAGAAUCGAAUUCUUGAGGAAGUAACUUCCCUCAUUAAGUAUUUUGCAUCUUAUCAGGGGAAGCCUUUUGAUACAAAGAUGAUACUCAACAGUGCUGUAUCCAAUGUCAUCUGCUCCAUACUGUUUGGAGAGAGGUUUGAAUAUGACGAUCCUGCAUUUCUAACUUUACUGAAGCUGUUAAAUGAAAAUACCAAGCUGUUGGGUUCCCCUAUGGUACUGCUUUAUAAUUUCUACCCAUCUCUUGGAUUUCUCUUUGGCGCUCCCAAGACUGUGCAACAAAAUGUCGAUGAGCUGUCUGCUUUUCUCCAGAAGCUCUUUCAGGAGCACAAAGAUGAGCUUGAUGAAAAUAACUUAACAGGCUUUGUUGAUGCCUUUCUUAUGAAGCAACAACAGGAGACAAAGAAAUCCAACACUUACUUCCACAAUGGCAAUCUGCUGUUUUCAACCUUGGACCUCUUUGCUGCUGGGACUGAGACUACUUCUACAACUAUGCGCUGGGGUCUUCUUCUUAUGAUGAAAUACCCAGAAAUUCAGAGAAAAAUUCAGGAAGAAAUGAAUCAUGUCAUUGAACCAGGACAGCUGCCCAAGUUGGAGGACCGGAAAAAAAUGCCGUAUACAGAUGCAGUGAUACAUGAAAUACAAAGAUUUGCCAAUAUACUCCCAAUGAGUGUAUCACGAUCAACUCCUACCGAUGUGGAUUUCCAAGGUUAUGUGAUUCCUAAGGGGACAGAGGUUAUUCCAUUGCUGACUUCCGUUCUGAAUGAUGAGCUGCACUGGAAAACCCCUGAUCAGUUCAACCCUUCUCACUUCCUGGAUGCUGCUGGGAACUUCAUUAGAAGAGAGGCAUUUAUUCCAUUUUCCAUAGGACGAAGGGCUUGCAUUGGAGAAGGCCUGGCCAAAAUGGAGCUGUUCCUCUUCUUCACAGGCUUGCUCCGCAAAUUUGUUUUCCAGACCCCUCCAGGAGUGGACAAGUCAGAUCUAGAUCUCACUGCUGAUGUUGGCUUUACCUUGAACCCCAUGCCUCACCUGGUCUGUGCGGUGCCCUGCGAAUGAUCCAGCCACGUGCCGUAAACGUAGUGAGCACUUUAGGCUUGAAAUUAAGUCCGCUUACAGGGAUUACAAAAGCUGUCUAUUCCUGAGCUUUAGGAGAAGGAAGACAAUGAGCACUGCUGUUUUUCUCUCUUUCAUAUCAUCCUUUUUAAGAGCGCUCCUGAUGCUAGUAUAACACAAAUCCUUCAGACACCCUAAGUGCAGCACUGAGACACAGUGCAAUCCAUUCCUGGAACAGCACGUCAGAAAAGCAGCUUUCAGGGCUGCUGAAGGAAGGAAAUGGUUUCUGGCCUCCCCUAUGGAUAUAACCCAUCAGAGGCUCUAGCCUCUGCCCUAAGAGCCUCCACUGGGUAUUUCCCAGCCCAAAGUCCAAGCAGUGUAGCAGACCCGACUGAUGGCCCAGCUGGAGCCAGCAGACACAGAGUGUAAAUACUUAAUGGGUCUAGAAACCUCCCAGGGACAGUUGUUCGGCUAAGCCUCAUUCUGAGUUUCCAUUGCACAAUGCAACCUGCCUUAUCUUCCUCACAGAGCCCCAGACACUGGGGUGUAACAUGGGUCUAUGCCAGGAGACAGACGUAGGGGCAGAUAUCAGAAAACAUCUAUGUGGUUUGGGAAGUAGGUUCAUUCCGACUCCCACCAGGAACUUUGUGCUAAAGAGCCUAUUUAUGACAGGGCCAAACCAGC